ACUGUACUAAACUUUGGGGAGAAAUUGCCCUAAUUUGAGCAGAGGGAGAGAGGCGCGGCGAUCUUCGAGCUUGCUUCUUUCCGAUGAAGACCGUGACCGGAAGAGUUAUUUGUGCUGAACCAAUCUCCCUCUCCAAGGCGGCUACGCUUCUCUCUGGAUUCACUUCUUCUGAUAAUGGCGCCUCUCAGGACGUUAGUGCGUACCUCCAACGAGCCUCCGCUGCCUUUUCUCAAUUAAAGAGUUUCCACAGGGAGAUUAAAUCGAAGGGUACGAAGCCAAGCUCCGAAACGAGGCGUGAGAGGAAUUUCACCGGCGAAUUCGAUGGUGAGAAGGUUCCUGACCGGAAAAGUGAAUCUAUGACUGAGGAAUCAGUUUAUAGUAGGGAACAGGAGGAUAAGGAGAAGACUAAAAAAAAGAAGAAGAAGAAGAACACAGACAAAGAUGUUACUGAUGAGAAGGUAAAGGAUAAGUUGGAAGAGGAGGAAAUGGGCGGAGAGAGAAAGAAGGAGAAGAAGAAAAAGAAGAACAAAGACAAAGAUGUUAUUGAUGAGAAGGUGAAGGAUAAGUUGGAAGACGAGGAGAUGAGCGAAGAGAGAAAAAAGAAGAAGAAGAAGAAGAAGAUGAAGGCUGAGGAAGAGUUGGCUUCAGAGGAGAAAAAGAGCAAGAAAAAAAGGAAGAGUGGUGAAGGGAUGGAUUCAGAGGAGAGCAAGAGCAAAAAAAAGAGGAAAUUGUAGGAGAUUGAAUUGAUGGUUAAAGCUGGUUAAUUUGGGGUUUUAGCUCAAGGUUGGGGAAAUUUUUGUAGUGGGAAUGAACAAAUCUUUCAAAUUUUGGUUAAAAUGUAGUUGAAGAUGUUACUUGGUGGCAAUUAAGAUUGAGAAAGAUUUUAUUUUUGGAAUUCUCUUCUUAGUUUUGGUUGUCUGAUUCAAGUUUUUGUUGUUUUGGUAGUGUGAUGCUACCUUA